AUGAGGGACGAAACGGUCUCCUCUUACAGUUUCUGUGGGGCCAAACUAACCCCGUGGUGCGAGAUUGACGUGUCGAAGGUGAGGCGUCUUCUGCUCAUAGCGAUGUGCGGCUCCUUCAACCCCAUCCAUGAGGCACACACCGCCAUGUACGACGCGGCAUGGAACGCGCUGAUGCGAGAAACGGACGGGACUCUAGCAGCGGAGGCGGUGGUGGGCGGCUUUGUGUCGCCUGUGAAUGACGGCUAUGGCAAGGAAUGUCUCCGCCCAUUCGCGGAGCGGGCGGCGAUGUGUGCUGCGUCGCUGGCCGGGCACCCGUCACUCUCUGUGGACGAGUGGGAGGGGCGCCAGCCGACAUACGUGCGGACGUUCUGCGUGCUUGACCACCUGCAGCGGGCGGCGCAGAAGUGGUACGAGGACGACGCGGGGCCGAGCGAGGCGCAGCGGGCGUGGGUGCGGCAGAAUCCUGUGCGUGUCGUCUUCGUCUGCGGCAGCGAUCUCUUUGCGUCUUUUCUGCGGCCCGGCUGCUGGCCGCUGGGGCUUCUCAAGCGACUGCUGGACAGCUUUGACGUGCUUGUUGUGCGACGUGUGGGGUCGCCAGGAUGUGCGGCGAUACUGCGUCAGAGCGACCCGGUUUUACAGGAGCGCGUGCAGGAGGUGGACGGUAGCACGACGCUGCUGACGCUGGACCUGAGCGUUUACCACUUUAAGGAGGCAGAUCUCUACGAUAACCCCAUCUCCUCCACCACGAUACGCGACCUGCUGGCUGCUGAUCCUGCAGCAAACUUGAGAGGCCUCGUUCCCGCCAGUGGCGAGGCGCUUAUUCGUGCGUGCUACACCGGUGGCGUCUCCUUGUCGCCGUGA